AUGGAGGAGGCGGUGUUCGAUCUGGUGGAGUUCUUCACUAACCCUACGAUCACAGAAACAUUCGUCGACAUUUUGCUCUGCGCAGUUCCGAUAUGGCUGGCCGUGAUGAUCGGCCUCGUGAUCGGCUGGUCCUGGCGGCCGAGAUGGACCGGUUUGAUCUUUCUCGGUCUCCGGAGCAAGCUCCGGUGGGCCUGGACCGCGCCGCCGGGGUUCGGCGCUCGCCGGCUCUGGCUCGCGUUCACGGCGUUCUCCGCUUUCUCCAUUUGCCGCACGAUUUGGUUCAAUUUUAGAGGGAAGAGCAAGGCGGCGGCGGCUCCGGCGGCGGCGGGAUCGGCGGGGACGGGUUCCGGAGCGGCGGCGAGUAGUUUGGCUGAGAGCGGCGGCGACAUUGCUGAACCAAGCAAUAAAGGUGCACAGAGAGUGCAAGAUGUUGUCACAGAAGCUGGUUUGGACCACCUAGUGAAUUUAAUUGGAGGGAGAGAUGGAGAAAUGGAAUGGCAAAGUUUGAUGGAGAAAACCACCCCAACCAUGGCAUAUAAAGCAUGGCGCUAUGACCCUGAGACAGGUCCUACUGUUUACUGUAGUAGAACUGUUUUUGAGGAUGCAACUCCAGAGUUGGUUAGAGAUUUCUUCUGGGAUGAUGAGUUUCGACCUAAAUGGGAUCCUAUGCUGGCAUAUUGUAAAAUAUUGGAGGAAUGCCCGGAUACUGGAACUAUGAUUGUUCACUGGAUUAAAAAGUUCCCUUUCUUCUGCAGUGAUCGUGAAUAUAUAAUUGGUCGAAGAAUAUGGGAGGCUGGAAAAACUUACUACUGUGUGACAAAGGGUGUUCCAUAUCCAGGUUUGCCUAAGCGUGAUAAGCCUAGACGCGUGGACCAUUAUUUCUCUAGUUGGAUUAUCAAGCCUGUGGAGUCACGAAAGGGAGAUGGACAGUUAUCUGCAUGUGAGGUUACCCUUGUCCACUACGAAGAUAUGGGAAUCCCCAAGGAUGUGGCUAAGUUGGGCGUCCGUCAUGGGAUGUGGUGCACUGUCAAAAAAUUACACUCCGGCAUGAGAGGAUACCAAAAUGCAAGGAAAUCUUCAGAGUUCUGUUUUUCACAAUGUGCCCAUAUGGCAGGAAUCACCACAAAGAUAUCAUCCGAAGGAAGCACAAAUUAUUUGGAGGUAGCACCGGGUGAAGAAGAGAAAAGUAGAGCAGGGAGCAAGGAGAGACAUGAUAACAAUAAUGGCAUUGAUUGGAAAUGGAUAGCUAUAGGGGGCACUCUGGCUCUGGUUUGUGGACUUCAUACCGGUGUAGUAGGAAAAUCAUUGUUACUCGGAGUAGGGCAGAGAAUUGCCCGAAGGAGAUGAGUCAUUAUUUGUUGGACUGAGUUAUUAUAGUCUUCAACUUCGAGAUGAUCAUCUCUAUAUAUAUCUGCUAUUAUUUCUGCAGUCGGAUACUCGGAUUGGCACAACGAUGCAUCAUUUGUUACAAACUAUGGUGAAUUGCAUGGGUAAAGUUUUGUAUUGGCUUCAAGCCUUCAAACAAAUGCUCUUGAAGUGGGUGAGAGCAUGCAGCCCUAAUAUAUCUAUAAUUAUGGUGAAUUGCAUGUGUUGACACUGUUGUAUUAAAGGGAAACAAUGAAGAUAUAAUAUUUGCUCGUAUU